UUUCUUUAAAUUUAGUCAAGAAAUUUCUGUGUACAAAGUGAAUGGGGUUGUUUAGGACUUAAAAUUUACUGCUUUGAAUGAUAACAAUAUUUCGUGGUAGUAUGCAUGGUCUUAUCUUCCCAAAGCUCGUUUCAAGAGGAUGGUAACGGUAAUUGAUUAUCUUGACUUUCAGGAGAUAUUAAAUUCUACAGUUUUUACAGUGAAGGCAUAUGCCCUGCCUUCUUUAUGCUUUCUAUCCUGUAUGCGUAGGAAGGUACAAAGCCAACCAAGGCAAAGUUCCAUACUCACUGUCCAGAUAUCUUCUCUUGGUUUUGGAGUCUUGGUAAACCUUUGUGGAGCCCUCACAAUGGAUACACAGUGGAUACACGUUUUGAAACUGAGAAUCGCUUGGACCCAGGGCCAGCCACUCCGUUCCUAUUCCAACACCCUGAGAGGACAUGCUGUUCUUCUUUGUGAAAGGUGCAUCUCUUGAUUAGUAUCAAGAUGGAUAUCCCCAUCACCAUGCAAAAACUUGUGCUCCUGUGGCUGUUGAUGAGAGUCAAGCUAUGUCCAUUGAAGAAGAAAUAGCAUGUGGAGCUGGGUCGAUGUAUUAUUAAUUGGUGCAUUGGAAGUUGCCUUGCUCGGAGGAAUGGUUUGUCCCAGGGACUACUUCCGCCUUGGAGUGUUUAGA